GCAAUGCGAUCAUUCCUUGGGAAAAAAAAUCACUUCGGUGCAUGGUCGUUUGUCUCCAAGAUUUUGCUGAAGAAAGAUGGAGCCAGUAACUAGAGUUUCAAAGCCGUAGCUCGUUUCAAGUCGCCUAGAUUUGUCUACGCUCUGCUGGAUUCCAUCACUCAACAGGGCCUAGGGCCAGUACGGCAGUAGGGGACUGAGCUGAGAGUCACUGUCUUCCUUUGUGGAUAUAAAAUUAAUAGCUUACAGGUAUUUUUUGUGAAGCCAGAGUUCAAAUAUUCUAUUGUAGCGACCUGGCGAAGAUGAUGGAGGAUGCUCAGGCUUCUUCUGGGCCAAUUCCGGACGGUUACUACUGCGUUGAGCUAAAUAAAACAGCCUGGAUAGUACCUGUGCGGUAUCAACAGCUCAAUCCUCUCGGCUCCGGCGCUUACGGUCAAGUUGUCUCAGCACAUGACGCAACAUUGAAAAGGCCCGUGGCGAUAAAGAAACUGGCGAGGCCCUUCCAGACACAUGUCCAUGCGAAGAGGACAUACCGGGAACUUCGCCUGUUGACCCACAUGAGGCACGAAAACGUGAUUGGAUUGUUGGAUUGCUUUUCGACUAACUUGACUGAUGAAGGCUUUAAUGACCUGUAUUUGGUGACGGCUCUUAUGGGUGCUGAUCUGAACAACAUCAUCAAAUGCCAAACCCUCAGCGACGAUCACGUCCAGUUCCUAAUGUACCAAAUCUUGCGAGGCCUGAAGUAUAUUCACUCGGCGGGAAUCGUCCACCGGGACCUAAAGCCAUCCAAUAUAGCCGUGAAUGAGGAUUGCGAGUUGAAGAUCCUUGAUUUCGGCCUGGCUCGUCAGACGGACUUGGAAAUGACCGGAUACGUUGCAACAAGAUGGUACAGGGCACCAGAAAUUAUGCUGAACUGGAUGCACUAUACGGAAGGAGUUGACAUUUGGUCUGCCGGCUGUAUCAUGGCAGAAUUGCUGACUUGCCGCACUGUGUUUCCUGGAUCAGACCACAUUGACCAGCUGACCAGAAUCUUGCAGAUUGUCGGUUCACCUCCCGAUUCAAUGUUGGAACAGAUUGGAAGUGAGACUGCUAAGAACUUCAUCCGGACCCUACCCAAAUUUGCACGUCGCCCAUUCAGUGAGAUAUUCAUCGGCGCCAAUCCUCUUGCGGUUGAUCUUCUUGAGCGGAUGUUGACUCUGGAUGCGAAUGGCCGAGUGACUGCUGUGACGGCUCUGGAGCACCCUUACUUCGUCAAGUACCAUGAUCCUAAUGAUGAGCCGCUAGCCGUGACGUUUGAUGACACAUUUGAAGACCAUGAAUCUGACUCGGUGGAUUAUUGGCGUCGUCUUACUCUGCAAGCUGUCAAUGAGUGGAGAAUUGCUAAUGCGUAGGGUCAUCGUCACCCACUGCGCUCCCACCAGAAUGGGCUUGGCUGUCCAUUUUUCUUUGGGACAUUGGAUGUAGUGCAGGGCUCUGUGUCCCCACUGCCUACAUGCUGAGUAUUGAAUUGCCAAGCCCUUAAUAGUGCAGGAGUAUCGUGCUACGGUUGGGCAAUGUGCUCUGAUCUUCCUGCUCGACAGCAUCGCCUCUUCACUAUACUAACGACUCUGUAGCGAGUACCUGCCAUGCUUACAAAUAUAACUUGCCUAAUCCAAUGUGCCUGGUCUAUGACAACUCAAUUUUUGGUGUGUUCUGUGCUAGUCCCCGGACCAGCUAACCAAUAUUGUAGCAGUCACUUUGCCUGCAUGCCUAGCAGCGGUUCAGCUGGGCCCUUAGAGUCUUAGUAUGUGUAUUGUGUAGCCAGCGAUAGCACUCUACUUGCUUGUUUGUCACGCACGCUGCAGUAAUUGUUGCAUUGUUGCAGCUCUGUCCUUGUCUUCUUCCUGGUUUCUGACUGGCUUUUUUCAACUCCAGAAGGUGUAUUCCACCUGUUGUCGGCAUAGUAGUUCUCUAUAGUUUCUGCAGCCUGUAGCCCUUAGUACGUAGGCACUUGUCAUGUCGUUUGAUCUUGCCCACGUCUAUAGCUUUUGUAAAAUGCUAAGGACACUUUAGUUUUUAGCCUCCAUCUGUGUGUUACUGUAUUCUGUUCAUGUGUCAUGGUCGUAGUGCCGCCUUUCAUCAUAUCUGUACCUGCCUCUACCCACUGAUGAAUGGCCUGGCUCUCUGCAGGGCUUUCUUUCCAUCCAUGACACUACAUGAAAGCUUGCGUUUGUUAUUCUAAAAUAAUUAACAAGCGUUGCAUUUCCUUUUUUAUUUGGCAAAUGGUGUGUCCAAACUGAACUUUGUCUAUUUUAAAUUUUAGAAUUACCAUUUUGAAUGCAUCAACUAUGGAUAUGUUUGGAAUGAGUCGACUUUCCUUUUGA